AUGAACCAGAAAGAUAUCAGAGGCUACUUUUUGGAAGCCGUGGACAACGGGUAUCAAUACGACCCGACGCAAAUCUAUCUCAUUGACUAUGGUAUCUGCUCGAAGCCUGGUGCUAAAUUUCAUAAGUCUUAUGGCUGCGGCGACCGCAGGUCCAAUGAAGUCUACUACUCAGAUUUUGAUAUGGACAGAAGUAAGCCUAUGGGGGCUCUGGACUUUCUCGAAGAGGUUCAGGAUUCGGCACAAAAUUGGGUAGACAGAGAUGAUCCAUGGAUGAUCGAUCCUUUGGUGACGCCCGAACCAAGCUGGUGGACGUUCUCUAAGGAUGGCGACUAUGUGAUAACGGCCACAAUAGCAAUCACUCAGGUAACCCAGUAUAUCACGACUUUGGGCUACUCAAAACUAACCAAAGCGACAUAA